AUGUCUAAGCCAAUUCGACGUGUAGUAACGGGCCACAAAGAGGGCGCAUCGACGGUACUCAUUGACGACAAGUUGGAUCCUGCUCCAGGAUUUGCCUCGAAAGCCGCAACCAUCUGGCAAAACCAUCAGUAUCCGGCUGAACUCGCAGACCACGAUGCAGCACAAGGAAAGGCUUAUAUAUACAACAAAGGCUCUCUCAUUCGAGUUGUCGAUUUUCCUCCAAAUUCAACUGGUCAUAAUCACCGCACUGCUUCACUCGACUAUGGUAUCAUUAUAGAAGGAGAGAUCGAAUUGGAGUUGGAAGAUGGGUCAAAGACCAUUGUACGAGCAGGAGACAUCGUUGUUCAGCAAGCAACUAUGCACAAGUGGAACAACCAUACGGAUAAAGUAUGUCGAAUGAUUUUUGCAUUGCUUCCAUCAGAGACCGCGAAGGGACCGGAUGGAAAGGAAUUGAAAGACCAUGGUAUUCCCAAGAAGUAUCAGGUUGAUGAGCAGUAG